UGGAGGCAAACAGACCAAGGAGGUUCUGUCCAGACGCCUGCAGGAACUAACGGAGGAGCAAGCGAAAGCGCAAGCCCACCUGCAGUCCCUGAAGAAGAGGAGCGCGGACCUCAUGCGCAGAGGCCAUGAAGCUGCAGGUGGGCGAGCAGUUCGACAGCAUGCGGCGCGCCCUGCUGGCCGGCGAGAGCGCGGCGCUGGAGGCGGUGGAGCAGGAGCGGCAGGAGGCCGCCACGCGCCUUGACGAGCUCCAGCGCGCCUGGAAGCGGCACCUGGGCCAGCUUCAGAAGGACGUCGGCAGCACGCGCCAGGCCUUGGAGAAAAGCGAGGCCGCGCAGGACUGCUCUUGGGACUUAAGCUGUCCUAAGAAGCCUGUUGCUGAGGACAUUAAGAUGAACAAUGACAAAUUUCAAAAACUCAUCAAGAUACUGGGCAAUAUUUUAGACAAUCUAAAGGCAGACCUGCAGCGAAAGACCUUCCUCCUGGACUCCCUAACAGUCCAGGUCGACAAGCAGACCUGCCACAAGCAGAUCCUUGUGGGGGCAGCAGGAAGGAGGCUGUGCUUUUCCACCGAAGCCAAGCCUGUCCUGGAGCUCCCCCUGCAGUUCGAAAAGGUGUAUUGCGCCCUCGGCUCCCCUGGGGUGUCCGCAGGGAGGCGCUAUUGGGAGGUGGACGUGCGCUGCUGUCCGGCAUGGGCGGUGGGUGCCAGCUACAAGAACAUCGAGCGCAAGGGCCAGGAGAAAGCCGCCAAGCUGGGCCGGAACGGGCACUCCUGGUGCGUGGAGCUCCGCGAGGGCAGUCUGUCGGCAUGGCACGGUGACCGCCGAGUGGCGUGCCGGGGGGCCGGCGUGGAGCCCCCACAGCGGGUGGGUGUGCUGGUGGACCACAUGAAGGGCCGCCUGGCCUUCCACGACGCCCGUACCAUGCGGCUCCUGCACGAAUUUCACGCCGCUCUCGCGUCCGUAUGUGACAGGCUGCAGCCCCAGUUCUCCGAACCGCUGUUCCCCGCGUUCCGCUUCUUUAAGGCUGACAGCAGCCAGCCGGGCCCAAACUACAUGGAGAUCUGCCAUUUCGGCCUUUAAAUCCGUAGAGAUCCCCAAUGGAUCACACCCACUCUGGACCUCAGCCUGUGCUGGAGCUCACCCAUGCAUAUCUGCAUGCAAUUAACAACAGAACGCAGAAGUGCUGUUUUUUUAACGAUAUCCUAGCUUACUGAAAAAGGCAACGCGGUUAUAUAAACAUGAAUGUGAAUAUUGUGCUUUAGCAGUCAGACUGUCAAUGUAUUCAGCUGUAAUAACAUGUAACCUGAUGAAUAAAAGAUACCUGAAGUCGA